AGGAGAACCAUCACAGCCGGGCGCAGCGUCCUUCCUCGUUCCUGUAGCGGCCUCUCUGUGGUUGACACAGAGUUGGAGAAAACUGGAAGAGCUCCGUUCUGCCACAGCAGAUUCCUGAAGGUGCGCAACGAAAACGUACGUGGAAGCCAAUGGUGCCAGCCAUUGGGAAGCGCUGUGCAGACAGCGAGCAGACAGGUGGCAAAGAGCACUGCGGGUAGCGCUUCCCACACACGGUCGAGCUCAGCUCUGAGGAAGGUGGCACAACUAGAAAGCAAAAUCAUGAAUCGAAAAAAGCAGAUGGAAUUGCAAAACGCUGCCUUGGGCCAGAAGCCUUUGGAUGAAGAGUCCUUCUCAUCUGCUUCCAGUCAUGAACACAGUGUAAGGGGCAAGAAAUAUCUGAAGAAUUAUGCUACUGCCAGUGGAAAUAUAACCCCCAGUAAUGUCUGCUCUAAGGAAGAGGAAAGCAUCCAAAGCCUUAAAAAGAACGUUAUGGUUAAACAGCAGCUUGGUUUGGAGAGUGAUGAAGAAGAGAUGAGAGAACUGAUGGAGAGCUCUUCGGCGUUUUCCAGUGGAAGUGAGAAUCAGAGGGUUGUUGUAAGUGAUUCUAAAUGGGGUGAAAAGAGUAGGACUCCAGUCAAAGACUCAGAGAAAAAUGUUUUUGGUAGAGCAAAUUCACCACCACCUUCACCAGCCAGCAGAAACCCGUCAGUAAGACAUAAUAUGAGAUCUCAAUCGCGAUCUUCUUCCAUGAAAGACAAUGCUGUAAAGAUUACUCUGCCUAGAACAGGCAACACCAAGCAAAGCCAAAUAUCACUUGAAAGUGACAGAAGUGAAAUAAAAUCGUUAGAUGAAUUGUUUUCAAAAGCAGCUGAUGCAGAAGAUUCAACUAGCAGCAGCUCAAAUGGCUUCAGACUGAAUAUCCUGAGCCUUGAUGAUUUGGCACCAAAUAUCACCAGUGAGACAGCAGAAUUAAAGCAGAAAGGGACAGACAUUCAAAUUCCUCAAGAAUCAAACGGAAUUCCCAAAAAAGAUACAUUCCUGGUGGAAAAGGACCAAGCCUCUCUUAAAAUGACAAGCACAGUAACUGGUGUGAAUGAUGCUUCUGAAGGGGAUAUUGAAAAAACUGUGACUGAAGCUGAAAUCUCCGAGCAUUUAAGUGGAGUUUCAGCAGAUUUCCCUAGACACAAACAGGAUUAUCUUGAUCAUGAUGAGAGAACUGUUAAUUCAGAAUAUUCUGAAGACUUUGAAAGGUCUCUGUCUACAGCAGACAGGGAAUCUGUAUCGAAAAUGUCAGAGGAACGUUCUGAGAGCUGCACGUAUUCUGGAAAACACCCAUCUUCAGCAUCGUCAGCUUUAUUUACCAGGGAGCGGCAUGACCAGGUACACAGAGUAACUGUCAAAGAAACUGCAGUUCAGACAAUGGAUCCUCCAUUCACCUAUUGCUGGUCAAAGACAAACACCUCUGCAGUACUUGACCCACCUGUAGGGAACAGCUACAUUGAUCCAGUACCUGUUGCCAGUCACGUCAUCAGCAUGGAUGCAGUAGAAGCCUUGACAGCAUACAGCCCCUCAGUUCUUGUUUUAAAUGCCAUGUUGAAACAGCACUUGAUGUUGACUCAGCAGUUUGUAGAGAACAUUCACCACCUUCACUUCUCCCUUGUGGAGUCAUUAGAGAAUGAGAAGUUCCACUACCACACCCUGGAAGAGGCUAAAGAGUACAUCAAGAGUCACAAAUCCCCAUCUCUAACAACUGAGCAAGCACGUGAAGAAAUUCGGAAGGCACAGGAGGAAAAACUGCUUUGACUCUUUGAAUUUUAAGUAA